AUGCAGGCAGUUAGCGAGUGCGCCAAGCUGCCGACCCUCUUCCUCUUAAUUCUCACUUUGGCCUCCCAAGAGUGCCAAGGAAGCCCCCGGGGUCGCAGGGAAGCAGGGGCUCAGGGCGAUAAAGAGAAGCUUUUCCAUCUCUUUCCACCGCCCGUAUCUUCCAGUAGCGCGGGCAGGGUGCGCUCCUCUAGCCAGCCGGAGCGCGUGGUGUAUGCCGCCACCUCCUCUUCCCCCUCUUCAGUCUCCGAACCCCAGAGGGACCACGACCGCGCACUGCUCUUCUCUGUCUCCUCCUCCACUGAACCAGCCCGCUCCUGGAUCUUCAGCGUACCCAGAAGUGCAGACAUCCUUCCAAGGGAUUUGAACUUAAAGGAGAAGUUCAUAAAGCAUUUUACAGGACCAGUCACAUUUUCAGCUGAAUGUAGCAAACACUUCCAUCGACUGUAUCACAAUACUAGGGAUUGCACUAUACCAGCUUAUUACAAAAGAUGUGCAAGACUGCUAACAAGGUUAGCAGUGAGCCCGCUGUGUACACAGCCUUAG